CGUAAAAUUUACUUUAAAAGGAAAGAAAAAAAAAAAUAUAUAUAUAUAUGUGUGUGGACCAUUGAAAUCCAAGCUUUCUGUUGUGCACACUGUAAAAGUCAGUGUUUAGCGUUACAUCAUCGCAAUCAGAAAACAACAAUUAAGAUGCUUUGCUCUCUACAGAUCCAAUUAGGGAAAUUAAACACAUAUUUCACAUUUGUCUUACUAAUGAAGUGUGGGGUUCUCUCAUGAGAAUCGGAAAUAUAUUUUUAACUGUUAGCAGCUCAGUCUGUGUGCCAUUUGCUCACAAAGUUUUAGAAGAAGCACCAAUGUGAAAGGCUGAUUUAGCAUAGAUAUCAGAGAACAUUAGAUGGGCCUCCUUUCUUUUUUCACCUAUAAUUUUAAAUGUGCUUGACAUUUUUAUUCAUUUUCCUGUUGCAAACAAAAGAAACGCAUCUCUUCUUCAGAUAGAAGAAAAUUUGAUCAUUGCUGCUGAUUUUAACUAUGUCUUUUCUCCGGACGGCUUUGAACAGCUCCGUCAUCAUUCAUCCUCCAGGCUUCUACAUCAUUGGAUUUGAGUCUUUACCAUCAGUCAACAUCUACUUCAUCUUUCUAGCAAUUGUUUAUGUGGUUACAGUGCUGUUUAACGGUUUGCUGAUUAUUGUUGUGGUUAUUAAUCCAUCCUUACACACGCCAAAAUUUCUGGCUGUCAUCAACCUUGCAGUGAUUGAUUUAUGUCUAAACACUUGCACUAUUCCUGGUAUGAUAAAGAUAUUUUUGGUCAAAGAUAAUUUUAUCCCAUUCAACUUGUGUUUGGUGCAAAUGUAUUUUUAUUACUUUUUUGCCAAUUCAGAGUCCUAUGCACUCACUAUACUGGCUUAUGACAGGUUGGUGGCUAUUUGUUUCCCUUUGCGCCAAAACUCCAUCAACACAAUGCGCAGCAUGUGCUGCAUCAUUACCUUUACCUGGUGUUUGGUUUUAGGAAUUACAACCUUUUCCACGAGUUUAAUGACUAAACUGUCAUUCUGUAACUCUGUCAGAGUGUUUAGUUAUUUCUGUGACUAUGCACCCGUGUUCAGGCUUGCCUGUAAUGAUUAUUCAAUGCAGUGGUUUGCAGCUUCCUUUUUGAGCAUGAUGACCCUUGUAGGGCCUUUUGCUUUCAUAGUGCUGUCAUACGUCAGCAUCCUGGUGACUGUGUUCAGAAUGAAAACAUUAGAUCGGCGCCUAAAAGCACUGUCUACUUGUGUGGAACACAUCAUCAUUGUUGCAAUCUUUUUUAUUCCUCUUCUUGUCAUUUUCACAAUUGGCUUCAAUUCGGGAGGAAUUAACCCAGAUCAUAGAGUUCUAAGUCUGUCAAUGGCCUCUUGCCUUCCACCUUGCAUUAAUCCUAUUGUAUAUUCUUUGAAAACUAAAGAGAUCAAAACCCGAGCACUGGUACUGAUUAGGAAAAAUAAACUUAUUCAGACUAAAUCUACUUGAAUAAUUGUAGGAUUAAAAACACAGAAGUAAUCCAAAUAUUUUGGAUUAAAUGUACUUGUUUUAGAUUUGAUCUAUUCAGUUAGUUAAAAAUGUCUUUUCCCAAGAUUUGUGACAAAUUUGAAACUUUAUUACCUUGCACCUCAGUGUUUGAGUCAGAGAAGGAAACAAUAUUCACAGGCUGGCUUUUUGUGUGAUUUCUACUGUCUUUUACCAUCUUUAUAACACUGCAUGCACUCUAGAUUAAUAAAAAUAUGUCCAGAUGAUGCAUCCAUAACAAGUAAAACUGAAAGAGAAAUGGGGAUUUCAUGACAGUUUUCAACUUUCAUAAACUUUUACUUAUUUAUUUUUGUUCAAAUUGAAUUUCACUUUGCAGUAAAAAAAAAGGAUGUUUUUUUUGCAGAUUUUUUUCUGUUUUAUUUAUAAUGUUGUUGUUCUGUAAAUACACUGAAAGUCACUUUACCUUUGUCUUUUGGUGAAUGUCACUUUUGCUGCUGUAUUUUUAAAUGUCCUUUUUGAUGCCGCAUAUAAGUGAAAUUUCCCCAUCGUAGGAUCAAUAAAGUUUUCAAAUCUAAUCUAAUCUAUCAUUGAAAUUAAGUAAAAACAGCUUUAUCAUGCAUUAAAUAGUGAAUGUAAAA